AGCGCCCGCCCACUUGACAUGGACAUACAUCUACAGAGCUUCAAUAUGCCGCACUUCCCAUCCCUUAUGAUCGCAAUGUCGAAUCCCGCCUACUUGGCCAUAAUUGAGCACUCUCCUACGAAGCCUAUCAUUAUAUUUGUGCCAUCUCGACGUCAAUAUCGCCUGGCCGCUGACGAUAUCCUCACGCAUCGCGACGCCGACGAUGACGACAAUCGAUUCCUCAACAUCAGUUACUAG